UAUUUCUGAACUGCACUAAAAAUAAAAAUUAGCUGGCCAACUUAAAGAAAAAAUAAAGCAUACUUUUUUUUAUUCUACGUAUUUACUUAUUAACUUUCAGUUGAACAAACUUAAUAAAUUUUGGUCUGUUUUUUAAUGACGAUAGAAGAGGGGCCCAACGACGGCCCCCCGGGGCCCCGCUGGAAGGUUUCUCCAGCCCUGCUCAGUGGGAAAUUGCGAACCGUUAAUCUUCUGGCCAAUCAGAGGCUUCCCCCCCGUCACGACCAACCAAUCACAGAGCAGUAUGAGCCGACGAAGCGAGCCUGCAGCGGUUCACCUGCUCAGUGUGAAGAAGUUCAGAGACGCUGUGAAACUUCGACCCGACCGGAUGGAUCGCGACCGCGGACCACGCGUGACCCUGUGACCUCCCGGCACCGCCAUGGCUCGGACCGGCACCGGGAGCCCGCUCCUCUCCCGCCGGGACGUCCGGCUGGACGCGUUCCUGAAGCGCAACACGGAGCGGAGCGUGUACGAGCGGAUCCGCGCGCACGAGCCGUGCGUGGUGGUGUCGGAGCGCGUGAACAAGGUGUUCAUGCACGCGGUGCUGAGCGACGAGCGCGUGUACCUCACCGAGCACCCGCCGCGCACGCUCGCCGCGGCCGUCAGCUUCGGGCGCGUGCGCGACAUCGAGCUGGUGAACGACCUGCCGGACUUCCUCCGGGGCAAGGCCCGGGACCACUGCCAGCACGUACGCAUCACCUACGUCACCGACAGGCCCGCUGUCGCCAGGGGCCUCCAUUGGCUGAGGAGGGACAAGGGGGCGGGGCUUCCCCACGUAGCCCCGCCCCCUUCGCGCAGAAGCAGCCAUCGCCUGUCGAUAACCAACACCUUGGAAGUGACUGGAGCAGAGAGGAGGUCCGACUGUUCAAGCCCGCCCGCUCCGCCUCCUGUCCCAACCCCGAGACCCUGGGCCUCCUGAGGGUCCCGCACCCUCCCGCCCGGCCCCCGCGCCUCCUCUACUCCCCCGCCUCCCCGCCGCCCUCAGAACGGAGCCUGAAGCCCCUGGAGGGCCGGCGGGUACCGAGGCGGCUCGGUUCGGUUCUGUCUCGCCUGCUGGGGAGGGAAGACGACGUCGUCGUGGGCGGCGGCGGAGAAGAGAGGGAGGCGGAGCUUCACCUGUACGCCGUGUCGCAGACGUCCAGACUUUACCUUCAUCUGCUGAGCUCGUGGAACAGUUUCAUCAUCACGUCCACUCUGCUGUUGGACCCGCUCUACAGAAGAAAGUGCAGCUCGUCACGUGACUCGUCUCCUGGAAGGCGACGUCCGGCCAUCAGCGGCGAGCGGACGGCCCACCUGUUCGCUCAGCUCCGCUCGGAGCUGCUGCAGGACGCGAUCAGUGUGGAGAGUCUGUACCUGCUGCUGCAGGAGCUGCACACGGCGGCUCACCGCCACGCGGCGCUGCGACGCCUCUUCUGGAGGGUGACGCCACGUUUACUGUCACGCACGCACUCCGGUGAGUUGUGCGUCUUCCUGGUUCAGACUCUGGAGGAGUCUCUUCACGGCCUCAGUGGCGUCUACACAGCUGAUCAGCUGCUUCUGAGCACCGUGAUCGUCCAGACGCUCGCCGUCAUGUUCAGGGAGACGCAGGCGGAAGCAGCGAGACUCAACCUGCUCGCCGCCAGAGAAGGAUCUCUGACGUCCCGGCUGCUUCUCGCCGUCAUCUGUGACCCACGUCUACACACUCAGAGUCCAGGAUCUGCGAUGGACUCGGAGCUUCAGGUCUUACUCUCCGAGUACCUGGACGCCGCCUCCUCGCUGCUCUUCGAGCUGCUGCUUCUCGGCCACAAGGGCAGCCGGUGUUUCUCCGCCGCCGACCUCCUCUCCGUCGGCUGGAUCCUCCGGGUGCUGCAGCCUCAUCCUCACCUGCUCUGCUUCGUGGGCCACCAGGCCCGGCAGGUGGCGCUGGUGCUGUCCGACCCGCGGGGGGCGCCGCUGAGCCCCGUCCAGUCCGUCCUGCUGUUCCAGCGCUGUCGCCUCCUGCUGGCCUGUCUGCAGCACGACGGCCCGCUGGCUCAGCACCUGCGCUCCCACGUGGGAGAAGAGUUCAGGUAUUUCGUGAGGCCGUCGUGUGCGGAGGAGAAGCUGCCGCUGCGAUACCCGAUCAGUUCACCGACCGUCCGGCUGGUCGAGCGCAUUGUGACGCUCAUGCUGCACAGAUGAUCGCGCACGCACACGCGCACGCACA